AUGCUCCCUCCACUCCCACAGCCUCCUCGCCCUGUCCCAUCCUUCCUCUUUCUCCUCCUCCCCUCACCCUCCUCUCCACCCCUAUCCUUGCACCCCAACUCCCUCCCCCGGCCCCAAUUCCCCUCCCUCAGCGGCCGCAGCCACCACCAGGAACCGCCCUAUACCAGAAUCGCAUGGGCCCCCAUUCGAGCUGCCUCCUCCUGCUCCCCUACCACCAUCUUUCGCCCCUCGACGCAUCAACCCCUCCCCUCUCCAAGGUCUCCACCAGCCGUCCUGCUCACCGCGCAGCCAUCUCCGUCUUUCCUCUUCGCACUCCUCCGCCGCCAGGCCCGCCGCGCCAAGGAACUCAGGGUGAGGUCCACGGGGGUGCAGAAGACCAAGGAUAUAAAGGAGGAGGCGCUGGAGAGCCUCAAGGCCAUGGGGGCCGCCUCCGUCGAGGCCGGCCGGCCCCCUUCGCCUGUCCAGGCCUUCUUGGGUGGGAUUGCUGCAGGGGCAAUUGCCCUCAUUCUUUACAAGUUCACCACCACCAUUGAGGCUGCCCUUAAUCGCCAGACUAUCUCCGAUAAUUUCUCGGUUCGUCAGAUAACAAUAACAAUCAGGACUAUCAUCAAUGGUUUGUGCUACCUUGCAACUUUCGUAUUUGGAAUCAAUUCUGUUGGCUUGCUACUGUAUUCCAUUCAGCUCGCAUUCAGCUCGUUCAUGGAAAGCCCUGCUGAUAACAUGUCAAGUAUGAUAGACGAAGGGCAGACGAACUUGACAAAUGAUGAUUCAAAGAGCUCAACAGAUAAUGCUGAUUCCAGAAGUAGCAGCAUGCAAGCUGAGAGCUCAGAUGAUAGCUGACUUUACUAAAGUUGUUGGUUUUGAAGAAGCUGCUAUCAACUCUGAACGUGUAAUGGGAUCGCUAGAGAUACAGUGUGGAUAAAGUGUGCGAUCAAUAGCCCAUGACUUUUUUUGUUACAAAUCCUGGUGCGAUACAUUGCUCAUGGAAAUUUUGAGCCAUCAAUUGUGUUCGUACAAGCAGAUAUUUUGGACCUCAAUUGUAUACUUUUUCCAUUCUACUUGUAUGCGAUUAUUAUAGGAGCAAUGGAUUUAACAUAUUUGAGAUGGCGAGGCAGAGUAUUAUAGUUUGGUUUGCCUGAUUUGAGUACUGUUGAUGUAUAUGAUGUUGGAAAACUCUUGGGUGAAGUGAUUUACUAUUAUGGCAUCA